GUCUCUCUAGUCUCUACUCUACUGUCGCAUCGAUCGAAAAGCCAUAGAAAUCUCUAGAAAGGAAGCAGAGAAUCUUUGAAGGCGAUGAAGUUCGUAUCUGUAGCCAAAGGGAUAUGGUUUCUUCGACCCUAAUCUGCUAAUUUCACCUGUCUUUAGAGCCGGUAUCUCCUGCUUGUGUUCCUUUCUACUGAGUUUGUGGUUGGAGAUUUGAAGUACUUGUGUUUUAAGGGUAGUAAGUGGUUAACUACAGAUGAAUAAGAAUCAAACAGUUGGGCUAGACUCUGAAGAUGAUGACUCUGAUGAUUACGACAUUGCGCAAGUAAACUGUGAGCUAGCUUUGGUUGAAGGUCAGCUCUGUAACAUACCAUACGAGCUCUACGAUCUACCAGAUUUAACGGGAAUAUUGUCUGUUGAGACUUGGAACUCACUUCUGACUGAAGAAGAAAGAUUCUUCCUCUCAUGUUUUCUGCCAGAUAUGGAUCCACAGACUUUCAGUUUGACGAUGCAGGAACUUCUUGAUGGUGCCAAUUUAUAUUUUGGGAAUCCAGAGGAUAAGUUUUACAAGAAUUUGCUAGGUGGAUUGUUUACUCCAAAGGUAGCUUGUUUCAAAGAAGGUGUUAUGUUUGUCAAGAGGAGAAAGUAUUACUACUCUUUAAAGUUCUAUCAUGAAAAGCUGAUCAGGACAUUUACCGAAAUGCAAAGGGUGUGGGUUCAGUAUGGAAAUAAAUUGGGCAAUUACUCAAGGCUCCUCAUUUGGUCAGGACGAACUCAAACCGGUAAUCUCAAGCUACUGGACCUCAAUAGAGUUCCAUCUAAGGAAAUGGAUAGUGCUACAUGUAGAUUCAAAACUCCCAAUGUAGUGAAACCCGUGGAAAGAAAUAGAUCGAAAAGUUUAACCUUCCCUCGCAGUGGCAGCUCCAAGAACAGUCUCAAGAUAAAGAUAACCAAGGAAGGAGUAUUCCGGUAUCAAGGUUCCAGCUUAGUUUCUGCUGGCCAUCAUCAUCAGACUUUGCCAAAGGGUGUUCUCAAAUUAGUCCCUAAAUCUUCUUCUGCCAUCCUCAGGAAACCCUAUGUAGCUCCAGGAAACAAUCUCCUGCAAAUCCAUGAAACCGGUUCAAAGAGUACUAGAUUUGCAGCGUCUCCAUACUUAGGUACGACAUUUGAGAAACCACCCUACGGAACUCUUGGCUGUUCUAUCCCAGACCCUUUCUUAACCUAUUUGGAAACUACACAAAGAUCAAUCCAAGGUACAGAACCGGUGUUUCAUGAUCCAACACACACUGUUCCCAGUGCUCUCCGUGUUUCAAAUUACUCCAUCACAGAACAGAAUAUACCUCUAAAGCAAGAAGAAUAUGUCCGGUACCACCUGAAGUCUCCUGGUUUUAAGCCUAGGACUGUUGACAGAGGCUCUGAAACAACAGAGAGCAAGAGGAUUUCGUCUAGUAAUAACUUUCAGAGGGAAGCCAAGGCUCUGAGAAAACCGCUGGGGGUCCUGAGCGAAGACAAUCAUGCUCGAGAAGCCAAUAGUGACCAUUUGUUUUCCUUGACUUACAAGCGAAGAAAGGUUCAGAGAAUCGCUUGAGCUCCCGUGACGCUAUGCUAAUUCAAUGUUCCACCUAAUGUAGUCUUCCAUGAAAAUAUGAAGUGUAAUGCUGCAACUUGGUAACUGGAUUUGGUUUGGGGUUGAGUUUGUUAGUUUUCAAAAUUUGAAGGCACUAAAAAGAAACACUAAAGAAAUAGAGGAGUAAAAGUGAAAAUAAUUUGAAC